AUGUCCAAUCAAACUGCGGUGUCUGAAAUCAUAUUAGUUGGUUUUCCCGGUCUACCUGACGCGUUUCAUGGCUUGGUAUCCACCAUAUUAUUUUUUACCUACAUGAUAUCCCUGACAGCCAACGGCACUGUCAUAGGUUUGGUCAUCUUUAAUGAACACCUCCAUCAGCCUAUGUACCUGAUCAUAGCCAACCUUGCCGCCACCGACCUGCUCUUUGACGCCGUGACUUUACCAAAAUCUAUUGCCGGAUAUUGGUUUGGAGCUUCCACCAUUCCUGUGAAAAUGUGCCUAUUCCAGAUGUUCUUGGUUCAUUAUUUUGGAAGCCUGGAUUCCUACCUCUUGAUGCUGAUGGCGGCAGAUCGCUACGUGGCCAUCUACUACCCUCUGCGAUACCCCUCCAUUAUCACCAAUCAAGUGGCCACCAUUUCCUGCGGCUUCUGCUGGGUGAUUUUCGCCACCUCUACAAAUACCGCCGUCGCCGUUCUAGCGUCUCAGAUCCCUCUGUGUGGUGCCGACGAGUUGAACAGUUUGUUCUGUGGCUAUACGGCGUACUCACUCCUGGCGUGUUCUGACGUAUCAAGCUCCAAGAGGGCGGUCUUUGUAUGUGCGUUGGUGGUCCUCCUCAUGCCUCUGGGGCUCAUAUUACUUUCAUACGUCAAAAUCAUCGUGACCAUCUCAUUGGCCCGCUCUGAGAGCCUCCAGAAGGCCUUCUACACCUGUGUGACCCAUUGGCUGGUCAUCGCUUUGUAUUACGCCCCCCGACUCUUUGUCUACAUUGUAAAUAAUAUUCCCUCAGUCGCGAUAAAGUCCGAUAUGAGCGCCCUCCUCCUUUUCCUGUACUUGUUUGUGCCUCAUAUGGCCAAUCCGAUCAUCUAUUUCCUCCGCAACAAGGAGAUCACACAGACGUUACGGAGAAUUAUGAACAGAAGUACAACUAAAAUAGAAAAAUAA